AUUUGCGACGAAACCUUCCCGACCUUGUAACCUGUUGAUAUAUCGAUGCCUUAAACAUUUAAUUUGGUGUAUCGAUACUAUUGCACCAGACAUGCUUGUUACUUCUUUGUGAUGUUGCCGAAGACGCCUAAACCAGCUAUUUGGAGAUUCAUCAAGGGUAGCGCCAAGACACUAUUCGUGCUGGAAGCCGUCUGUUUCGCCGCUAGCUACGGUCUCUACUACCGUAUGAACACAGACCAAGAUUUUCGCCGGUACAUCAACGAGAAGUAUCCCUUCGCACUUGAGUAUUAUUAUAAAAUUGGAGAGAUUGUGGGCGACAGCAAGGUGCGCGACAUAGACGCCAAUUACUGGAGCUCCGCAACUGCGCAAUUCCAGAAGAAAGAGUAACAUUUGAAGUCCAAUUAA